AUGUCGGAUAAUAUUAGAGUUUCUUCAAGCUCCUUUUCUGGGCCACAAAACGAACAAAAUCAAACACAGAAUGGCGAAGCUCAACGUCCACAACGGAGUGUUCUAAGAAUUCGAUUAGGUAAUCGUGCUCGACGCGCCAGAUUUGAUUACGGGAAUAAUUUGGCCACCAUUACUCCCUCAUCAGCAAGCGUAGCUCAUACCCAGGUUAGCUUUCGACGAAACGCAGAACCACAAACACAGAAUGACGAAUUUCAAGGUUCUUCUUUGGCGGGAGAGCCUUUUCGAAUUGUUCGGUCGGAACUCCGCUCCCAACGUGUCAGAUUUGAUCUCGAGAAUCAGUUAAUCACCCCUUCUCGUCAAUCAUAUAUUGCACCUCGAGACUUGGGAAACUUUCGGCAAAACGAAGAACAGCUCACACAGAUCGACGAAGCUCAAGGAUCCUCCAUGUCACAAGAGCUUUCACAAGAAGUUCAGUCAGAACUGUCUGCCAGACGCCCCAGAUAUAGUCGCGAGAGUCGUCCAACCACCAUGAAUGACGAAACUCAAGGAUCUUUUAUGGCGCCGCGAGAACUUUCACAGGGAGUGCGAUCGGAGUCUUCUUCCCGACACGCAGAAUACAAUUACCAGGGUAAUUUGCCCUCCUUUCUCCGUCUCUCAUCAAAUGUGCAUCGAGACCCAGAAAAUAUUCGACGAACAAUACACACAGUCAGAAAUAGGUCUCAGGCAGAAUUCCCACUUUCUCCAGUGGGCCGUGUCAGACCGCGCAGAACAUUUGCAUCACAAACCGAAGAAACUGCGAGGCCUGCAGAACGAGUGAACCAGAUGUUGAACAAUGAAGAAGAAACUCGUCGCACGAUGACCGAAACUCGGGUUCGUCGCGAUUACUUUGCUUUUGAGCAGUCUGAACUUCAAAACCAACACAACAUCGAUAUCAGACAUGAAAUGAUCAAAAUAAUGCUUGUCCCAGCAUCUGCCGAAAAAUCGGACACCUGCCCCAUUUGCCAGGAGGAAUACGCUACAGCUUUGGAGGCUCCAGCUCCGAUCGAAGAAUUGCACCAGUGCCCACAUUGCCAAGAGCAGUAUAUCACAACCCCGGAUACUGGAGAUGCCCACGACGCAUGUGCAAUGCCAGGCUGCUCGCAUGUUUUCGGCAGAUGUUGUAUUACACGGUGGUUAAAGAACAAGAAUACCUGCCCUAUGUGCCGGGCUAAGGUCAGACUUCCAUAA